ACAAAAGUUUUUAAUUUUGAUGAAGUCCAACUUACCAAUGUAUGGAUCGUUUUUGGUGUCAUGCAUGUCUCAGAACGCUUUACCAAACCCUAGUGAAAAUGCCUCGUGUAAAAGCAGCUCAAGCUGGAAGACAGGGCCCUGCAAAGAGGCGUCUUGCAGAACAUUUUGCAGCCGGGGAGAUAAUCACUGACAUGAACAAAAAGGAAUGGAAACUAGGAUCAUCCAUUGGCCAAGGUGGCUUUGGUUGUAUAUAUCUUGCUGAUGUGAAUUCUUCAAAAUCGGUGGGCAGCGAUGCACCCUGUGUUGUAAAAGUGGAACCCAGUGACAAUGGACCUCUUUUUACUGAAUUAAAGUUCUACCAGCGAGCUGCCAAACCAGAACAAAUUCAGAAAUGGAUUCGUACCCAUAAACUGAAGUACCUGGGUGUCCCUAAGUAUUGGGGGUCUGGUCUACAUGAAAAAAAUGGAAAAAGUUACAGGUUUAUGAUAAUGGAUCGCUUUGGGAGUGACCUUCAGAAAAUAUAUGAAGCAAAUGCCAAAAGGUUUUCUCGGAAAACUGUCUUGCAGCUAAGCUUAAGAAUUCUGGAUAUUCUGGAAUAUAUUCACGAGCAUGAGUACGUACACGGAGAUAUCAAGGCCUCAAAUCUUCUUCUCAGCUACAAGAAUCCUGACCAGGUGUACUUGGUAGAUUAUGGCCUUGCUUAUCGGUACUGCCCAGAAGGAAUUCAUAAAGAAUACAAAGAAGACCCCAAAAGAUGUCACGAUGGCACGAUUGAAUUCACCAGCAUCGAUGCGCACAAUGGUGUGGCCCCAUCAAGACGUGGUGACCUGGAAAUCCUUGGUUAUUGCAUGAUCCAGUGGCUUAGUGGCCAUCUUCCUUGGGAGGACAAUUUGAAAGAUCCCAACUAUGUUAGAGAUUCCAAAAUUAGAUACAGAGAAAAUAUUGCAGGUUUGAUGGACAAAUGUUUUCCUGAGAAGAACAAGCCAGAUGAAAUUGCUAAGUACAUGGAAACAGUGAAAUUACUGGAUUAUGCCGAAAAACCUCUUUAUCAAAAGUUACGAGAUAUUCUUUUGCAAGGGCUGAAAGCUAUAGGAAGUAAGGAUGACAGCAAGCUGGACCUCAGUGUUGUGGAGAAUGGAAGUUUGAAAGCAAAAACAAUAACAAAGAAGAGAAAGAAAGAAAUAGAGCAGAGCACACAACCUGGUGUCGAAGAUAUGGAAUGCUCAGAUACACAGACAGAAGAGGCCACACAAACCCCAAGUUGGGAUGCAAGGAAUUAAAGCCUCGAAUCAUCACUUCCCAAAGGUCUUAAAGCAAAAAGCAAGGUAUAAAGUCAUUUCUUCAAUGGCUUAUGUACUGGUGCUGAAGGCACUUUUAGUAUGGAGUAGUUCCAGAAGUGACAUUAGCAAAGGCAGCAUCUGCAAAGGGCAGGACUAGGUUGGACUUUGGUCUGGUUAAUAAAUGGCCAGUCUGUGGUGUGUAGGCACACCUGUGGGGCUCAGAAGAUGGGAAAAUGUGUUCCAGGUUUCAUGAGAGAUGGUUUACUUGCCUCAGUGAGGAGAGAUUCAGAGCUGGCUACAGUACCACUUCCACCCCCCGCCAGAUAUCUCUUCUACCUGUCUGCCUUUUAUUUAUUUAUUAGUUUAUUGGUACUGAAAUAUUUCUGAUUUCUAAUAGAAGAGGCUUAUUUUUGGUAAAAAUUUCAUCAAAGUGUAAGUGCCCAGUAGAGUUAGGCCAGUGAUGUAUUUUUACCUUCCCUUUGACAGUGAUAGCCAUGCAUGUUUGCGGAAGGCAAAAAUUGACUUUCAAAGAGAAUCAUCUUCACCCUGCUUUUAUUAACAUUUUCUUCAUUAUAUAUUAUGGAUAGUACGUCCUUAGGUUUAUCUGAAUUUACCCAAGAGAAUCCUUGGGAUAACUGAAGAGCGAGUGUAUAACGUCACUCUGGAAGCUAAAGGUUUUGAAAUAGUCCCUCUUACUUUUCUGCUGCCAUCUUCCAUUCCCUCCUGUUUUUGUUUUUUUUCCCCUUCCUCCCCUGUCUUGUUCAUUCUGUUACUAGGAGGUGGGGAGUCCCAAGGAGCAGCACAUCAAAGCAUGUCUCAGCCAGAGGCAGCAGCAGCGGCUGUGGCAGUGAGUGGGAGCAAAGUUAAGGAGCGCUUAUGAAGAUAGAGUAAUAUUCUUACUCAAAUCCCUUACAUUUUAAAACGGGAGAUUUUAGUUUAGGAAAGGGCUUACGUUGUUAUAGUAAGGUUGAUACCCAUUUAGACCAAAGCCAGUUUCCAGCUGUGCAUAGGGAAGACUCAUGCGUCUCCUCAUGCCUAGAGGUCAUUUGUUAUCCGAACUUUGCUUAGUGAGCAUCAGAGGUAUUUGUUUUGAUACAUACGUGAUUUUAAAUUUGACUGUAAUUACGAAAACUGUUUCUUAUACCUAAAAUUUUAAUUUAAGGUGCUUAUACUGAUGGUUUUUACUGUGAGAAAAUAUAUUCGUAUUUUUGUUUUAUUUAUUAAUGACAAAAGAAGAGAGUAGACCCCAUCACUAAUUUAAGGAGAAUAAUCCAGAUUUCUUUUUGAUAUUAAAAAAUGAAGAUAAAAAAUAAUCAAAUUCUCUUUUAUUCAUAUAAACUCUAAAUUGCUUUAAUUAAAUACUGUUCCAAUUGUAAUUCUUUUUCCCCCCCUAAAGUAUAAGGCUAGUUAAGGUAUUUUACUAUCUAAAUAUUCAUAAAUGAGAGAAAUAUUACCUGAGAUAGUAAAAUGUUAUUGCUUCUAGCAAAGAAAACUAAAGCGAUCCAAGGGUUCAUGAAAAUGUAUGUUUAUGUAUUCAUCAGUUUAACCUGAAUGAGAAGGCACAUUAUUACAUUUGAAGUUUUUUAAAGAAAUAUAUAAUUCAGUGAAUUCUGUGUUUUAGAGCUUUAAGAUUUUGCGUCAGAAACAUGUUUCAAGAAUGGUCACCUCUAACAGCUGCUUUAGAAAUGUCAGUUUCUUCAUUAACAAUUUUAUUUUCAAACACGAUUUAUAGUUUACAUAUGGUAAGAGAUUUUUCUCACGGUGUGAUCUCUCAGAGUGCUGUGCCUAGCAAAAUGGGGACAACUUUCCUUUAAUAUCUAUUUAGACCAUUUAAAAAA